GUAACGGAACACGUCCUUUGCCUUCUUCGCCUUCUGCAACUUCUCCACCUCUCUCCCUCUUUCUAUUUUACACGUCUAAUUCCAACGCAGAACUUUUCUUUUCUUUUUUUUUUUCUUUUUUUUUUGUUUGCUUUCAAAAACAAAGACACAUCACCAUCACGCCAUCAGCAUCGGCUUCAACAUUCAAGACUACCAUUGUUUUUGUCCUUGGCAUGGAGGAGAUGGCUUGUUAGCCACAUUCUCCUUUGCAGUGCGCCAAGAUUGCAGCCCCAAGGAAUUGACAUAGGGAGUCUUGGCCCUGCAAAUUUGGGAGAUUUUCGCUUAAUAUCUCUUUGAACCGAUGGGGAUAUCAUCAGACAAUGUACGUGGGCUUGUCUUGGCGGUCUCUUCAAGUAUUUUUAUUGGGUCUAGCUUUAUUAUCAAGAAAAAGGGUUUGAAGAAAGCUGGUGCUACUGGAACAAGAGCAGGUCAAGGAGGGUAUUCUUACUUGUACGAACCUUGGUGGUGGAUUGGGAUGAUAACUAUGAUUUUGGGAGAGAUAGCUAAUUUUGCAGCUUAUGCAUAUGCACCUGCAAUUCUAGUAACACCAUUGGGAGCCCUAAGUAUUAUUUUCAGUGCAGUGCUUGCACAUUUUAUUCUGGAGGAAAAGUUGCAUAUAUUUGGCAUGCUUGGCUGUGUUCUAUGCGUGGUGGGCUCUACUACUAUCGUUUUACAUGCUCCACAGGAGAAAAAUAUUGAAUCUGUUAAGGAAGUAUGGCACCUUGCAACAGAACCAGGUUUCCUUGUCUACAGUGCCCUAAUUCUAAUUGCAGUUGCUAUUCUUAUUUUCCGAUACGUACCACGUUAUGGGCAGAGCCAUAUGAUAGUAUAUGUUGGGAUUUGCUCUCUCAUGGGCUCCCUCACGGUUAUGAGCGUGAAAGCAGUGGGAAUUGCAUUGAAGCUGUCAUUUUCAGGAAUGAACCAAUUCAUUUUCUUUGAGACAUGGUUUUUCACUGUGGUUGUGAUCGUCUGUUGCCUUCUGCAAAUAAACUAUUUGAACAAGGCUCUGGAUACUUUUAAUGCAGCUGUUAUAUCUCCAGUCUACUAUGUCAUGUUUACAACAUUUACAAUCAUUGCCAGCAUGAUCAUGUUCAAGGAAUGGGAUACUCAAAACGCAUCACAGAUUGCAACAGAAUUGUGUGGUUUUGUAACAAUUCUAUCUGGGACUUUUCUCCUCCACAAAACAAAAGAUAUGGGAAACAGUAAUCAAUUGACAGAAACACCCAUGUUUUCACACUCAAAUUCCAGUCGGCGAUCAAGUUUGGAUAGUUAGAUUCGUUGAAUCAUGACCAGCACACGGUAGAUUUCAACUUUUCACGUACAUAUAUCCCCAUGGCAUUUGCUACUUCCAAAAAUCGGACAAAAUUCUCACUGGUAUGCUGAGAAAAGUUUUGGUGAAGGGAAUUUCCUGACACGUUGGAGAUGGGAAGAAGUUUUGUUGAUCAAAGAAAGAUAUGGGGAUGUGUUGCUGAUUUGAACCCUAACAUAUUUUUGAUACAAAAUUAUUUUCUUUCUUUUGCAUUUCAUUAACAGAUUUCUUUUAUAGCUUGUGGAUAUCUCAUAGAUUUUCUAUAUUAGGACUAAUCCUUUUCUCCAAAA